AUGAGGGCUCAGAAGGGGAGCAUAUGGACGCGCAUCCGCAAGACGUUCAACAACAUUAAGAUGAGUGUAUUGGUCACCAUUCUGGUGCUCCUUGGCACACUCGGGCUGGCAUGGAUCCGAUCCGAGAUAGAGCAGGAGCAGUUUGUGGGGAAAAAUCCGAGCUAUGUUAAUGGAAAACCUAGGGUUCUGCUUGUGAGUGGGUCGCAGCCGGAUCCUUGUGAGAAUGCAGUUGGUGAUCACUACCUGUUGAAGGCUCUGAAAAACAAGAUGGAUUAUUGUAGGAUUCAUGGGAUUCAGAUCCUUUACAACAUGGCUCAUUUAGAUAAGGAAAUGGCUGGUUUUUGGGCCAAGUUGCCUCUGCUCCGCCGCCUCAUGCUGUCGCAUCCGGAGGUGGAGUGGAUUUGGUGGAUGGACAGUGAUGCCAUGUUCACAGACAUGGUGUUUGAGAUUCCAAUGUCCAAGUACAAGGGUUACAACCUGAUCAUCCAUGGAUUUCCCGAUAUGUUGUUCGAGAACAAGUCAUGGCUUGCCCUCAACACCGGCAUUUUCCUGUUGCGAAACUGCCAGUGGUCGUUGGAUUUGUUGGAUGCUUGGGCGCCCAUGGGGCCCAAGGGUCCAACGCGCGAGGAGGCUGGAAAGGUCUUGACGGCCUAUCUCAAGGAUCGGCCGGCCUUUGAAGCGGAUGAUCAGUCCGCUUUAAUAUACUUGCUUAUCACACAAAAGGACAAGUGGAUGAGCAAGGUGUUUGUGGAGAACGCCUUUUACUUGCACGGGUAUUGGGUCGAGUUGGUGGACCGGUACGAGGAGAUGAUGGACAAGUACCACCCGGGAUUGGGAGACGAGAGGUGGCCGUUUGUGACGCAUUUUGUGGGUUGCAAGCCCUGUGGUGGCUAUGGGAACUAUCCAGUGGAGAGGUGUUUGAAGAGUAUGGAUAGAGCUUUCAACUUUGCGGAUAAUCAAGUUCUCAGCUUCUAUGGUUUUAGGCAUAGGAGCUUGGUUUCCCCUAAUGUUAAGAGGAUCAGGAAUGAAACUCUUGCUCCUUUGGUGAAUCUAGAUCACUUUGAUACAUCAGAUUAA